AUGUCAAUCCAAGGAGAGAAAUACGUUCUCUAUCAUUACAAUCCAUCUCUUGCAGCGGCGGCUGCUUUCGCGGCAGUUUUUGGAAUUUCAGCGAUCCUUCAUGCAACCCAAAUGAGUCUGAGACGAACGUGGUACUUUAUUCCGUUCGUCAUUGGUGGUCUCUUUGAAACCAUCGGUUACUCAGCUCGCGCUGUUAACGGAAAUCAAUCUCCAGACUGGUCGGUUACAGCUUACGCGAUCCAAAGUCUCAUGCUCCUCCUCGCACCAACCUUAUUCGCCGCCUCGAUUUAUAUGAUUUUGGCACGGAUUGUGAAACUGACCGAUGGCGAGGAACACUCGGUCAUCCGUGUCAAAUGGCUUACUCCAACUUUCGUGACCGGAGAUGUUCUGUCCUUUCUUGUACAAUCUGGAGGUGGCGGUUUGAUGGUGCAAGCCAAAACCCAAAAGAAGCUCGACACAGCGCAAAACAUGAUCACCGGCGGACUCGGAAUCCAAGUCGUAUUCUUUGUUUUCUUCAUGAUCGUAACGGUUCUCUUCCACAUCCGCAUGCGCAAAGCACCAUCACUUCGAUCCCAGUCCCUUAGCGUCCCUUGGGAACAGUACAUCUACGUUCUCUACGCUGCAUCCAUUCUCAUCCUCAUCCGAAGUGUUUUCAGAAUUGCCGAAUACGUGGGUGGAUCUGAUGGUGUGUUACUGAGCAAGGAGAUGUAUCUUUACAUCUUUGAUGCGGCUCUCAUGUUCUUGACAAUGGUUCUCUUCAACUUGAGACAUCCAAGCCAUAUUAUUGCUGGCAAGAAAGACCUGGAAAGAGAGGCAGAAAGCGCUGGAAGUAACUACCCGAUGCAGGAUACCGUGGACAGAACUAGCGUUAGGGUUGAGCAAAAGCGAUAA